AUGGCGUCCAAGACGAACCUCCUCCUCACCGCUGCCAUCGGCGGUGGUCUCCUCUCCGCGCUUUUCGUCUCCCCCGACCGUCUCAAGGAGCCGUUGUUGAAGCACUUUGGCCAAUACAGCUCAUACAUCAACCCGUUGAACGUCGACCGCCUCGUCGUCCUCUUGAAGGGUCUCCUCGCUCUCGGACUCUACCGCGAUGUCGCCGCCUUCCUCUCCGAGUUGGCCCAGAACGACUUCCGCUUCUCCUCCGAGAAGAGCAAGUACGAUUGGCCCAACGAGGUCAUCGUCAUCACUGGCGGUGCCGGUGGUUUCGGUGGUCUCAUGGCCAAGGACUUCGCCUCCCGCGGCAUCAACGUCGCCAUUUUGGAUAUCUUCGAGGAGCUCCCCGCCGCUCUUCAGAACAACGCCAAGAUCUCGUACUUCAAGUGUGACAUUACCGAUGCCGACGUCGUCGCCGAGGUCGCUGGUAAGAUCCGCGCCACCGUCGGCCAACCCAGCGUCCUGAUCAACAACGCCGGUGUCGCCCACGGCCAGCUCUCCAUCCUCGACAUCACCCCCAAGCAGGUCCAGCAGCUCUACAACGUCAACAUCGUCUCCCACUUCAACACCGUCCGGGAAUUCCUCCCGACCAUGAUCGCCAACAAGAAGGGCCACAUCGUGACCGUCAGCAGCAUGGCCGCUUUCGUCUGCUCCCCGGGCCUCGUCGCCUACAGCUCCUCCAAGAGCGCCGCACUCGUCUUCCACGAGGGCCUCCAGCAGGAGCUCCGCACCUUCCACAACGCGCCCGAGAUCAAGUGCUCCGUCGUGCACCCGACCUUCGCCGACACCCCGAUGGUCGCCAAGUUCAAGGACAGCCUGGCCAAGACGACCGCGAAGCUCAUCACCCCGGAGUCCGUCGCCGACGCCGUCGUCAAGCAGGUCCUCAGCGGUCGCGGCGCCCAGAUCAUCCUCAACGGCAACCUUCCCUACUUCCUGACCACCCUCCGCGCCUGGCCGCACUACCUGUCGGGAAUCAUCCUGAUGGGCGCCAACCGUGCCAUGAAGGUAUGUUUUGUAACUUUUUUGCGCUCUCUCUCUCUCUCUCACACACACACACACACACACACAUGCACACACGUGCACACGCGUGCACACGCGAGACGAAUUUCUCCGUUUGCGUUCUCUCCGAUUACUAACCACUCCCAUCUCACAGGCAACUCACGCAACCAAGAAGGAUUAGAAAGAAUUUUCGUCAGGUUUGGCCGAGAAUUCUAUGUGUAUAAUUUCUGUGGAAGAAUACCAAAUCCCUUAUUUUUUUGCCCGCAAGAAAACUUGUCUUUCUUUUUUUCUUUCUUUUUUCCUAGGGUUGUUCAAAUUCCCCCUUGGACUUUCUCGAGCCUUCUCUCUCGUCUAUAG